AUGGCACACAUUAUGUCGGUCAAAGGAAACAAUCUAAAGGAAAAAGAAAUAGAAUCUAUCCUGAUCAAGAAAUUUAGUGAGACGUUUACUAAGGGUGCCUUGACCUGGUAUUCUCGUUUUCCUGAACAUUUGAUUGGCUCAUAUGCCAUAUUGGCAGAUACUUUUAUCAAAGCGCAUAUGAGGGCCCGAAAUUUGAAGACUGGGAAGACGGAUAUCCUCUCUAUCUCACAGGGAGAGUCGGAAUUGAUUCGGGAUUUCGUUACCCUGUUUCAGAAGGAGCGGAUACUGUUGCCGGCAGUCCCAAACGAAUGGGUCGCUGAAGCUUUUAACAAGGGUUUGAAUCCUCUAAGUUCGGAUGCCUCACGCAAACUUAAGGAGAAUCUCUUGGAAUUCCAAGCCACAACAUGGGAGGAUGUGCAUAAUAGGUACGAGUCAAAGAUCUGGGUGUAA